AUGCAAGCUCAUUUGGACAGAGUUGAGUUUGAGAUGGAGGGGAAUCAGUGCCAAGCUAGAGCUGUUGGCACCUAUGAUCAGCCCAAUAUCCAUGGGAGUAGACUUGGUAUCAUGGCACCAGCUGUGGAGAACAACAACUUUGAGAUCAAAUCCAGCUUGAUCAACAUGAUAGAGAACAACAAGUAUCAUGGUCUUGAUUUGGAGGAUCCACUUGAUCACCUGGAUCAAUUUGACAAGUACUGUGGCUUGUCAAAAACAAAUGGAGUCUCUGAAGAUGCCUUCAAGCUGAGAUUGUUUUCAUUCUCUUUGGGAGACAAAUCUCACACAUGGGAGAAGAACCUUACAAGUGACACUAUCACCACUUGGAAUGAAUGCAAGAAAGCCUUCAUCAACAAGUUCUUCUCUACUUCAAGGACUGCCAAGUUUAGAAAUGAGAUCUCUGGGUUUCAACAGAAGAAUCUUGAAGGUUUUAGUGAAGCAUGGGAAAGUUUCAGAAGCUACUGGUCUCAAUGCCCACAUCAUGGUUUCACCAAGGAGAGUCUGCUCAGUACCUUCUAUAGAGGAGUUUUACCUCAGUUCAGAAGCCAGUUGGAUACUGCUAGCAAUGGAAGCAACAGAGACAGUGGAGGUGAUGAUCAGAACACAAGGAAAGAGUUGAAGGUUCUACAAGACAAGUUGGAUAAGCUUCUCUCAGAUAGAGCUACACAAGAGAAGGUGAACUCUGUUGGUAAGCAGAAACAAGAGGGGAUUGCUGUGGUUAAUGAAGUUGAUGGUAUAGAAGGUCAAAAAGAGUUGUGCUUUGUGAAUGCUAAUGGGACAUGGUACAAGAAGGAGCCUAACUUUCAGUACCACAACAACUACCAGCAAAAGCCCUUCUACAACAACCAACAAGGUAGUUACCAGUCUGCACAAGGCCAAGCCGGAUCUUCUACUUCUGCUCCACAAGAAAGUAGCACUGAGGCAAUGUUGAAACAGAUUUUGGAGUCCCAAACUAGAACUUUGGAGAACCAGUUUGCCUCUAUGACUUCAACCUCCAAGCGCCCAAUGGGAUCUCUACCAGGGAAAUCAGAGCAACAUCCUAAAGAGUAUUGCAAUGCUAUCCUCUCUACUACUUCUGAGAUGGAGUUGAGUGAUCAUAGGAAAGAAGUAAAUGAGCUUGAAAGACUCAUGUAUGGAAUAAAAGUUGUUGCCAAGGCUGAAGCACUGAUUGUGGAGAAGCUCCCAUUUCCACAAAGGCUUCUCACAAAGGCUCAAAAGAAGGUGAUCUCCAAGUUUAGAAAAGACAUGGGUGAUGUAGGAGUUAAGCUUCCACAGAUAACAAAUAUGCAUGAUGCUCAUGUCCAAAUGAUGCUCAUCAAGGACAUUCUGGCUCACAGAGAAGAAGUAGGAGAGCUCCUAGACAUCUCUACUAUGCAGCUUGAUCCACCAGUCACACCAAAGUCCCUUCCCAAACUAGAAACCCAAUGA